AUGGGCAAGGGAGGAAAGAAAGUAGACAAGGUCACGCUCAGCAAAAAGGACAAAAAUAAGAUGCAAGUGUACCUCGACGCCGCGAACCCGGCACAAAUCUCGGUUCCGCAAUGGGGCAUCGGGUUGUGGCAAAAUUCGCACGGCGAAGGGCGGUCGACCUCGACGCUCACGUUUCACAUUGGAUUCCUCUACGCGACAGACACGGGGUGCUUCUGGACCUGCAUUCUCCUCAAGGACGGAAAGCGCCACAAACCGGUGGCAGGCACCCUUGUCAACUGGGGCACCGAGCAGCCGAGUCCGAGUGACGUCCUGGAGUAUUACAAAAACGCUCAGUUCCCGCUACCGGACCCAGACUCUGAGCCCAGCGAGUCCGGCUGGGGAGGAGGCGCUGGCGGUGCCGGCGGUGCCGGCGGGUCAUCAUCCGGUGGCAGCGCCUGGAAGAAGGAUGUUAAGCCCGACGGCAACGGCGGAUACUACUACUUCGACCCAGACUACCAAUGGAUCCCAUGCGAUGCUUCGGGCAACGAGAUCUACUACGAUGCUGCCGAAGGCCACCGGACCAGCAGCCCUCGCCACAUCAAAGCCGUCUUUGGUCCUUCUGGCAACACCUACUACUACUCGGGAGGCAAAAAGAUGGCCUGCACACUGCGCUCUGAGAAGGCGGGGAACAUGAACCGGCUUGUGUUCGUUGACGCCCAGGGCAAAAAGUGGCAGGCCCAUUACGAAACCCCCAGCAAGGGGCCUGCGUCGGCGGCGAAGACCAACCAGCAGCAGUCAUCGGUAUCUCUGGCCGCUCGCCCUGCUCCCGCUCGCCCUCCUUCGACUCGCCCUGAUCCCGCUCGCGCUGUUUCCACUCGCCCUGCUCUCGCUCCACCUGCUCAGGCUCUCCGUGCGCCGGCUCACCGAGCUCCCGCCCUCCGUCCUACAGCGACUGCGUCUCCCGGCAACCGUUCCAACACUUCUCUCAAUUCUCAGAGCAACGUUCGUCACCAACCUCGAGUAGUCUAA